CCCCUGAGGGCAGGGAAGGAUUUGGGAGAGAUGGGAAAUGGAGAGAGAAAUUCCUCUCAGUACCUCACUCUCAACACUGCUUCCCAUACCCCUUAGGGAAACCAGUCAAAUAUGACCCUUCUUUUCAAGGCCCCAUCAAAAACAGGAGUUGCACAGAUGUCAUCUGCUGUGUCCUCUUUUUUCUCUUCAUUCUGGGUUACAUUGCAGUGGGGACUGUGGCCUGGCUGUAUGGAGACCCCCGGCAAGUCCUCUACCCCAGGAACUCUACUGGGGCCUACUGCGGCAUGGGGACAAACAAAGAUAAACCCUAUCUCCUGUACUUCAACAUCUUCAGCUGCAUCCUGGCCACCAACAUCAUCACAGUCGCCGAGCAUGGCCUUCAGUGUCCCACUCCCCAGGUGUGUGUGUCCUCCUGCCCAGAGGUCUCAUGGGUGGUGGAUAAGAAUGAGUUCUCACUGACAGUUGGAGAGGUCUUCUACACUGCAAACCGAAGCUUUUGUCUGCCAGGGGUGCCCUGGGAUAUGCCAGUGCUCGAAAGCCUGCGACGAGAGCUCUGUCCCAGUUUCCUCCUCCCUUCCACUCCAGCUCUGGGGCGCUGUUUUCCAUGGUACAAUAGUACUCUGCCAGAACUCCCAGGGAUCUCCAGCAACACCUCCAUCACCCAGGGGAUCAGUGGUCUCCUUGACAGCCUUAAUGCCCGUGAUAUCAGCGUUAAAGUCUUUGAAGAUUUUGCCCAGUCCUGGUACUGGAUUCUUGUUGCCCUAGGUGUGGCUCUGGUCCUGAGCCUACUGUUUGUCCUGCUUCUGCGCCUGGUGGCUGGGCCCCUGGUGCUGGUACUGAUCCUAGGAGUGCUGGGUGUGCUGGCAUAUGGCAUCUACUUCUGCUGGAAGGAAUAUCAAGUGCUGCGGGACCGGGGUGCCUCUAUUACCCAGCUAGGCUUCACCACCAACUUCAGCGCCUACCGCAGUGUUCAGGAGACCUGGCUGGCAGCCCUGAUCGUGCUGGCUGUGCUUGAAGGCCUCCUGUUGCUCAUGCUCAUCUUCCUGCGGCAGCGGAUCCGCAUCGCCAUCGCCCUCCUGAAGGAGGCCAGCAAGGCUGUGGGACAGAUGAUAUCUGCCAUGUUCUACCCGCUGGUCACCUUUGUCCUCCUGCUCAUCUGCAUUGCCUACUGGGCCAUGCUCGCUCUGUACCUGGCCACAUCAGGACAACCUCAGUAUGUCUUCUGGGCGCCCAACAUCAGCUUACCCAGCUGUGAGAAAGUGCCAGUGAAUACGUCAUGUGACCCCAUGGCUCAGCCCAUGAACUCCUCGUGCCCAGGGCUGAUGUGCGUCUUCAAGGGCUACUUGUCCACAGGCCUGGUACAACGUUUUCUCUUCAACUUGCAAAUCUAUGGGGUUCUGGGGCUAUUCUGGACCCUCAACUGGGUACUAGCCCUAGGCCAGUGUGUACUGGCUGGGGCCUUUGCUUCCUUCUACUGGGCCUUCCACAAGCCCCGAGACAUUCCCACCUUCCCCCUGAGUGCUGCCUUCAUCCGCACACUACGUUACCACACCGGAUCACUGGCAUUUGGGGCCCUCAUCCUAAGCCUUGUGCAGAUAGCUCGGGUCAUCUUGGAAUACAUUGACCACAAACUGAGAGGAGCCCAGAACCCAGCGGCCCGCUGCAUCAUGUGCUGCUUCAAGUGCUGCCUUUGGUGUCUGGAAAAGUUUAUCAAGUUCCUAAACCGCAACGCAUAUAUCAUGAUCGCCAUCUAUGGGAAGAAUUUCUGUGUCUCAGCCAAAAACGCCUUCAUGCUGCUCAUGCGGAACAUUGUCAGGGUGGUUGUCCUGGACAAAGUCACAGACCUGCUGCUGCUCUUUGGAAAACUGCUGGUAGUGGGAUGUGUCGGGGUCCUGUCCUUCUUUUUUUUUACUGGUCGAAUCCCAGGGCUGGGUAAAAACUUUGAGAGCCCCCACCUCAACUAUUACUGGCUGCCUAUCAUGACCUCCAUCCUGGGAGCUUAUGUCAUUGCCAGUGGCUUCUUCAGUGUUUUUGGCAUGUGUGUGGACACACUCUUCCUCUGUUUCUUGGAAGACCUGGAGCGGAACGACGGCUCGCCGGAUCGGCCCUACUACAUGUCCAAGGCCCUUCUGAAGAUUCUAGGCAAGAAGAACGAGACGCCCCCAGGGGACAAGAGGAAGAAGUGAGAGAGAGAGACGCGGCCUUAACCCGGGGCUGCACCCCGC